GUGAAGCACAAGGUACUAAACCCAUCAGCUCAACCACUCCAGAUCAACCUGUAUAACAAGAUGACCGGCAAUAGCAAAGCACCACUUCUUGCUAGAAGAGGUUCGUUCAACUCCCCGGAGAAUCUGAUUGCCCAUGAAGCGCCGAGACACCUCAGAGCACACGUACGACGAAUGCAGAUCGACGCGCAGCUAGCGUCUAUGCUGUACUUUAGAACGUUGGCGGAGCGAUCGGCAGGUAUUCAUGGCACCAGUCUCGAUAAGGCUGUGGAUCCAGUCACCAUGCAGGAGGUGGUUCAAAAUCGUCUAUUUGAGCCUGGAAGCAGCAGUAGCGAGCACGAAGAUAGCGCCAGCGAGAUCGAACACUUGCUGAAACAAGCGAGCAAGAAGCACGAGGCCGCUGCCGGGGGAUCUCCAGGCGAAAGCGUGGAUGGCAUUUUGGGCGGCGCAGGUGGUCUCUAUUCGACCAAAGAUGAGGGCAGUGACAGCGAUUCUCCGAAGUCUGGCGGUGGUGCUGGUGGUGCAAAACGAUCCUCAAAUAAACGCUCAUCUCCAAAGUCGGGCGGAAACGAUGCUUCAGGCGGUAAACGCUCAUGGCGGAAGAGUUCCUCACACCGUGGUCGAGAGAUGUUCAAGCAUUGGCCUGUGGUGCACCACAGCCAUCCGAGUUUUAUGGAUCGGCCUCCGAGCACAGACGAGGAGAUGAACGAUCGACGUAAGCGUGAUCGCAUGAAAUCGCGACACCAGAGGCAUUCAGGACCUAAACAAGCUAAACUACACGAAAAACGUCAGAUCACAAUGACAAGAGCACAAAUGUACUUGCUGGAAAAGGGGAUUGCGGAAACGGCGUUGCCGCCACAUAUCAUGGCUUUUCUCCAAAGCGAGGACCACACAUUGGCACCGAUUUCCUCCGUUGGCGAUCCACGUUCUAUGUUUGCCUCAGAGUUCGUCCACAACGCUUACGAUUUCCUCAAACAGGGCACGCCGCCAGCAUUACUCCGAGACGCCAAACGCAGAGAAAAUCACCGCUUAUACCGUUGGCUCAAGCAUACGAAGGCAAAGGGAGGCAAAGCUGUGACGCUGAAUUGGCUUGCGACUAGUGCGAAUGCCUACACCAGUGGAUUGGACCGCAAGUUGCGACGCAACGUGUUGGGCACAUUGUAUGAAGAAACUGAACAGCAGGCUCUGCUACAUCAGGAACAGGACAACGCCGGAGGCGCUUCUCGUCAGGCUCUGCUACAUCAGGAACAAGAACAGGACAACGCCGGAGGCGCUUCUCGUCUUCUAAAUGGUAAUGUUAAGGGUUACCACAUUGCAUUCUUCACUACCAUCCUUGACUUUUUUUCCAGUAGGAAAAGGGUCAGGGAUGAUCUGAAGAAUGUAAUGUCGCAACCUCUAAUAAUGGGUCCUCAUCGAACGGUGCAGCUGGCGGAAGCGUCGUCAAAUUUGCUGACGAGCAAGGUCUAGGAGGUGCAGAACAGCGAAAAGAAGAUACUGGUUUAUUUGUAGGUGCUCGUGGCGAGUCCAUCUUCGAGGAUCUAACAGAUUCGGAGGAUCUAAUAGAUUCGGAGACGUCUGCAUCCAUAGGCAAUAAUUCCCAACAAGGACUCCUUAAGUCUCCACGGUUAGGUGGCAGCAGCGAUCCCUCUGGCAGUGCCGCAGGUGGAGACAACGAUGCUAGUGCUGGCUCUCCUAGUGCUGGUAAAAAGAUUCCAUCUGCGUUCCGUGAAGAAAUCGUGAUGAACAACCGCUUGCCCGACUUGAAGCAGAAGAUCUACGAGACGUCGCUGCUGCAGAGUGCUGGCGGAACCGGGUUUGACCAUGAGACGACUACCUUCGAAGAAUUCGAACAGCUUUUGGCCGAAAAGCAAGCUAGGUUGCGUGCAUUGCGCACCAAACAGCUGGAAGAGCGUGGACCGUUGCCGAAGAGGUUCUUUGCGAUCCGCGACAAAACCCC